AUGGGCCGCCUCAGGAAAACUGUGGCGUUCCUCGCUCUCGCCGACUGUGGCUGGAUGUUGGUUGGGCCCGAACCCGGAAGCAGCGCACUCGUCCCUUUAGCGGAGGCCCAAGCCGCGAGACCCCUACCCGUAGAUCCUAAGCUUGCAUGGUGCUACGAGCUUAACGUCGACUUCAGAGGCCAUGACGUGGAGAAGAUCGAGAAUGCCGGCAUUGCCACGCCGAACUUGUGUCAAGCCAUGUGUCAAGUGUCGCAGUCGUGCGACUACUGGACAUGGAGUCCGGCGACCGGCAGCUGCUACCUCAAAGACCAGCUCGCUCCGCAAAACAGAGUGCAAGAUGACUUUUCUAUGGGCAUGGUCUCGGGUCCCAAGGCAUGUGGGCCGUCUCCAACUGUCUGCUUGGAGUAUGGCGUUGACUACCGUGGUUUCGACAUCGAGGUGGUGGCAGGCAAAGCACACUAUGCGCAGGAAUGCCAGCGACUCUGCAGCGACAAGCAAGGUUGCUACUUCUUCAGCUGGGUGGCGAAGAAGCGCAGCUGCUAUCUCAAGGGGCCAGGCGCCCUGGCAGGAAGGAUAGCUGACGCCACGACGGUGGGCAUCGUGUCCGGCCCAAAGCAGUGUGGCAGUGUCCCUCCUCCUGUCCACUCGAAUCCUGGGUCUUGCUUCGAAUACGGAGUUGAUUACACAGGAUUCGAUGUGGAGAAACUCGAGACUACGUCGAAGAUCUCGCCACAACAAUGCCAAGAUGCGUGCUUUCGCAGUCCGUUGUGUUACUUUUGGACGUGGACACCAACGGCGGGUGGCAACUUCUGUUACUUGAAGUCGAGCGAGGCUCUCAAUGGCUGGAGGCGGACCCCCGAAACGCAGCUGUUCGUGUCGGGGCCCAAAACAUGUUCAUCCUCAGGCUCCCCUCAAGCUUGCUUUGAGAACGACUACGACUACGUCGGGAACGACCUCGAGAAGAUCGAAGAUGGCAGUAUUCAGAGCGCGUUCGCUUGCCAGCAGGCCUGCGCACAGCUCAAAGGCUGCGCCUUCUUUACGUUUAGUCGGAAUCGCCACUGGUGCUACCUGAAAUCAUACAAGGCCCUUGCCGGUCGCCGUCCGAGCAACAACAUUGGCCAUCUUGUGUCCGGUCCGCGAGAUUGCUCACCACACUUCGACACUCCUGGAAACAACAAUCCAGGCUGCUAUGAGCAAGAUGUAGACCUUGUUGGCUCUACCUUGAAGCUUAUCACACACGGAAGAGUUACUUCAGCCAUGAUGUGCCAACAAUUGUGCGGCCUCUGGGGCUUGUGCAUGUACUUCACAUGGUCUUCUAUCAAUCACAGCUGUGCGCUGAAAACCGGAACAGCCAUUCACGGCUGGAGAAAAGAUGCGAGCACCAGGGGGCUUGUCUCCGGCCCUAAGGCAUGUGGCCAAUGGCGCGUCCCCUGCCAGGAAAACGGCGUCUCUUACCCAGGAUUCAACAUAAUGCGCGUCACAGGUGGCCAUGUUCACAGCCCCGGGGUGUGCCAGAGCCUCUGCCAAACGACACCGGGAUGCCGCUAUUGGACUUGGCAACUAGCAGGGAACGUGUGUGAGCUCAAGAGCGGUGCUGCUCUUUCCGGUCGCCUGCAGAACGCGGAGACAACUCAUCUGAUCUCCGGGCCGAAGUUCUGCUCUGCUCUGACCGCAGGCUGCUACGAAAUUGACGUGGACUACUGGGGACACGACAUCCAAAAGAUUGAGGACGGAAGCAUUGCAAAUGCAAGCGUAUGCCAAGGUUUCUGUCAGCGCACAACAAACUGCCGAUUCUGGACGUGGGUUAGUGCGACGCGGAGCUGCUACCUCAAGAAUGUGUACGGCGUCCAUGGUCGUCGCAGAGAUUCGACAACGGGUGGCAUGGUUUCCGGGCCGGCUUUCUGCCCCAUUCAACCCCAAUGCUUCGAGGACAGCGUGGACUACACAGGAUACGAUGUGGAGAAGAUUGAGACAGGGCGGGUAACCACGCCUACCAUGUGCCAGACUUUGUGCCAGCAGAGGAAUCUCUGCCGCUUUUGGUCUUGGGUUAGCCCAACGAAGAAUUGCUAUCUGAAAAGCCAAUUUGCGCUCAUGGGACGACGCGAUGAUACUUCCACUGCGGGCAUUGUCUCGGGACCUAAGUACUGCACACCGCCGCCUGAAGAUUGUCACGAAUACGGCUACGACUAUGUCGGCCACGACGUAACGAAGAUCGUUACCGGGUCCGUAAAGUCGCCAAACACCUGUGAAACGUUGUGCGAGCGGGAUGCCGACUGCUUCUACUGGACGUGGGAUCGAAGAACAGACAACUGCUACUUAAAAGAUCAGUACGCCCCGCAAGGCCGUAUCCAAGGUCCUCAAACAUUGUCCCUCAUUUCUGGUUCCCUCGGAUUCAGCGCCACAUUCAAGGGUCGAUUCUCCGAUGCUUGCGUCGAGGAUGAGGUCGCCUACGCCGGGUACGAUUUGCCCACUUCCGUCAGUGUUGUGGGCAUGAGCCUGGGGACUGUCUCGGGGAAACACAAUGGCGCGUUGGUUUGUCAGACCAUGUGCCGGGCGACGGAAUCAUGCUUCUUCUGGUCGUACGACCAGGCUGCCAACCGGUGCUUCCUCAAGAACCAGUAUGCACUUGAAGGACGCCUCCGCGAUGAGUCGACAAAGACAUUUGUUUCGGGCGGUCGAGAUUGCGUGCCCAAACCCUCUCAGUGCCAUGAACUUGAUGUCGAGUAUCGUGGUUACGACCUCAAGAAGAUUGAAACCCAGCAAAUUGCGUCAUACCACAUAUGCCAGGAGAUGUGUCGCGCCACUGAGGGCUGUCAUUUCUGGUCGUGGUCGAGUCAAACACUCAGCUGCCACCUGAAAACAGAUCAGGCCUUCCGUGGUCGCGUUGAAGACGAACUUAGCGUUGGAUAUGUCUCUGGACCUAAGCGAUGCUGGCCUGGCGGAGCGAGCUGCUGGGAGUAUGGCGUUGAUUUUUACGGCUCUGAUAUAAGGAAGAUUGAGGAUGAGUCGGUGAAAUCCGCGGCUCUUUGCCAAGGCCUGUGCAAGGUCCAGUCAUUCUGCGAGUACUGGACGUGGGUCACCGAUACCAACAGCUGUUACCUUAAAACCAGCGCUGCCCCGUCGGGUAGACGCCAGGAUUCUACAACGACAGGAAUGAUUUCGGGGCCGCGCGAGUGUCCUGCUGCGCAGACUGACUGCUUCGACCUAAAUAUCGACUACUACGGCAACGACGUCCAGAAGGUUGAGGACGGGAGCGUAGCCACUGCAAACGAGUGCCAGUGGCUCUGCCAACGCCAGCCUGAUUGCUAUUUCUGGACGUACUUGACCGACCGACGGUUCUGUUACCUGAAAAACUUCUCAGCUGCAGGAACACGUGUUCCACAGACAUCGGCCAUAUCUGGCCCAAAGAACUGCUACAUCAGCGGCUCCGGUGACAGCUCAACACCAGACUAUUGCUUCGAGACUGAUGUUCAGUAUGUCGGCCCAGCCCUUUCCAUCUCGCCCAUAGUCACAAGCGCUGAAGACUGCCAGGCUGCAUGCCAGUCCGAAUCUUUCUGCACUGUCUUCGAGUUCUACGUCCACACUGGCAAGUGUGUUCUGAAAAAUAUCAGCGAAGCAGCGCUUCAAGACCCUGUAACCAAGAUCAGUAUUCCGGGUAUCACCUCCGGCCCGAAGACAUGCCCGCAGCCACUCGUGCCUUCUCCCCCCGCCUCGAGGGACUGCUUCGAGGUCGGGACGGAGUACCUGGGCCACGAUCUAGCGCAGGUGAACAGUGUGCUCCCACCAGCCGCGUCCCCCACAGCAUGCCAGGCUUUUUGCGCUGCAGAGGCCACUUGCGAUUAUUGGACAUACAAUGUGUCGACCUCUCAAUGCAUGCUGAAGGACCAGCAUGCGCCCGCCAACGCCACCGGAAACGCGUACACAGUCUCCGGUCCUAAAACGUGCCCGUCCGUCUCGCGUGUGUAA